ACAGGAGCGGCCGUUGGUAGAAAAUCUUCUUCCCUGAAGCACAGACAAGGUUUGAAAUGAAAGUCAUCAGUGAGGAGAUGGAGUAAACACUCAAAGUAGGUGGCGGUAUGUGCAGUUAACGAUCUGCCACUACACGCAAAUAAGAAGAAGGGUGAACCGUUGUCUCUGUAGUGCUACCGGUGCUGCUAACGACAAGUCAAGCUAGCAGCUGAGGCGGGCGGCGUGCAAUCUGCUGCUAACACUUUUGUCCAACUGCAGCUACAAAAAGGCACAUCUGAUUGUAGGACUGUUAGAAGAACAUACUUGAACCUGGUGAAAUGGGAGACCCUGCUCUUCACAGAGACUGUCCCCUUGACUGCAAGGUUUACGUUGGGAAUCUAGGAAACAAUGGAAACAAGACAGAGUUAGAAAGAGCCUUUGGGUACUAUGGUCCUUUAAGAAGCGUUUGGGUUGCCAGGAAUCCCCCAGGCUUUGCUUUUGUUGAGUUUGAAGAUCCCAGAGAUGCAUCUGAUGCUGUGAGAGAACUGGAUGGAAGAACCAUGUGUGGCUGUCGCGUGCGUGUUGAGUUAUCCACUGGAGAAAAGCGCUCUAGGAGCCGUGGCCCUCCUCCAUCCUGGAAUAGACGCCCUCGUGAAGAUUUUAGGCGACGUAGUCCUCCAGUCAGACGCCGAUCACCGAAGAGGAGGAGCCUCAGUCGCAGCCGCAGCAGGUCUCUUUCAAGAGACAGACGCAGAUAUCGGUCUCUUUCCAGAGACAAGAAUCAUAAGCGCUCAAGAUCCUUCUCACGGUCUAGGAGUCGUUCCCUGUCUAACGGGAGGAAAUAAAGACCUUAAGGAUGGUUCAUCAGCUGGAUCCUGCUAUGGUUGUGAAAAUACAAAUUUUUAUAGUCAUGUUCUUCUUUGUAGAUUGUGUUUGCCAAGACAACCUAAGGUCGACCAUGUAACAUAUUGUGUAAUACAACUCUGUUGACUUAACAACAAAGGACCUGAACUGUUUUUCUUUGUUUGUCGGUUCUCAUGGCUGGAUUUAUCUGUUUUACUCAAACGUUAUUUCUCUUUUAAUUCACUCUAUAAACAUAAAACGAAUUCUGUCUUACCCUGCAUGGUUCGAAAAGGAAUACUAAAUUUAGUUUUACUUUACCGUUCUAUCCUGUUUUUCUUAACUGUUGAAUUACAUUCAUGUGAUGUUUUUAUUUUGGAUCUUUUUGUUCUGUUUUUUUUUUUUUUUAAUUCUUGGUUGACUCUUAAAUUACUGGCAGUGGGUUACUGUGAGCUGCAUCACAAAGCAUAUUUUAUACCAGUGACAGAAAGCAGCAACAAAUGCUGGGGACACUGGUGCUGUUAUUUGCAGGCUAUACUUGAAGCCUAAAACAUCAUCUUUAGUUAUGUAUUUUAGUUAUGCCUUUUUUGCAAAAGAAGGCAUUUAAUCAACUUUGCUUGAUUCUCUGAGCUCUGACAAUUUGUGCUGAUGCAGUUAAACAACUUGUUCAAUAAAUGUUUUUCCAAGGUGA